CAGCAGCCAGAAUAAAGCGCCCAUGGCCUUGCCCUUUGAGUCUCGGAGGAUGUUUGCCACUCCGACAAUGGACUUUUAAAUAAUUCAGGGGUCAAAAGGCGUGUGUGUGGGGGGGAGAAGAGUUACAAAUCAGCACUUGAAACCGAACACAAACAAAAAUCAAACAAAUCCGAACUAAUACAACAAAUCAAAACUUGGAUCUUUAGAAGAAAACUUCAACCUUAAUGCUUCCAGGAGGAAAGCAGAAAGGAUAAUGACUGAAUUGUGAAAACGAGCCAAAAUGCUCCACCACUGAUGUCACACACACCUAUGACUCCCUGCACAGAUCCGCGGUCCCGGGCGCUGAAUCCCCGCAACCCUCCGCGCCCACAGAGGUUAAACUCUCGCUGCCGGCGACUUCCGCUUCCUGGCCUAAAUCUGACACGCACGACUCCCCCCGCGGCAACUGCACAGGUUCGGUGACAGCCGAGACGCCGAGCGUUUCCCGCAGCCGGCCGGGGCCCAGGUCGGAGCUGUAGCCAGCGGGGCCGCCAGCAUCCAGCACAGUGAGCGGCCCCUGGGCACCACCAGAAAACAUUUGUGGGUGAACAUGGAGUGAUGACCAUGUGGACACUGUCUUUCCAGGGUUUCUUGGAGCCUCUGCAGAGUCCAGGGGCCAGGCUUCUUAGUGGAAACUGCAGGAUCUUGCUUCUGACCACUGCUUGCCUCGCCCCAGCAGCUCCGGUUGAGUCCACAGAUUCCAGCUCAGCUUCCAGCUUGGGGAAGAGUGGGGUUGUCAGCAGGAGAGCCUGAGGGCUGAGGCCCAGCGUGAACAUGGCAGCUAAUGGGGACUCUCCCCCAUGGUCCCCGGCCCUGGCUGCAGAGGGACGUGGCAGCUCAUGUGAGGUGAGGAGGGGGAGGACCCCAGAGGCAAGAAUUCAUUCAGUGAGGAGAUACCCUGACCUGUCCCCAGGGCCUCAGGGCAGAAGCAGGCUUCAGUGUCAUUUGAGGACGUGACUGUGGACUUCAGCAGGGAGGAGUGGCAGCACUUGGACCCUGCCCAGAGACGCCUGUACUGGGAUGUGACACUAGAGAACUACAGCCACCUGCUCUCAGUGGGGUACCAAGUUCCCAAGUCAGAGGCCACCUUCAAGUUGGAGCAAGGAGAGGGGCCAUGGACGCUGGAGGGGGAAGCCCCACAUCAGAGCUGUUCAGGUGGGGCUAUUGGGAAAAUGCAGCAACAGGGAAUUCCUGGAGGAAUUUUCUUCCACUGUGAGAGAUUUGAUCAACCCAUAGGAGAAGAUUCAUUGUGUUCUAUUUUAGAAGAACUGUGGCAAGAUAAUAACCAGCUAGAGCAACGUCAGGAAAACCAGAAUAACCUUUUAAGUCAUGUGAAAGUAUUGAUUAAGGAGAGGGGCUAUGAACCUAAAAACAUUGAAAAAAUAAUUCAUGUGACUACCAAGCUUGUUCCUUCAAUUAAAGGACUCCAUAACUGUGACACAAUUUUGAAGCAUACUUUAAACUCACAUAAUCAUAAUAGAAACAGUGCAACAAAGAACCUUGGCAAGAUUUUUGGAAAUAGUAACAAUUUCCCCCGUAGCCCUUCCUCUACUAAGAAUGAGAAUUCUAAGACAGGAGCAAAUUCCUGUGAACAUGAUCACUAUGAAAAACAUCUCAGCCACAAACAAGCUCCCACCCACCAUCAGAAAAUUCAUCCUGAGGAGAAGCUUUAUGUGUGUACUGAAUGUGUAAUGGGCUUCACUCAGAAGUCACAUCUGUUUGAGCAUCAGAGAAUUCAUGCUGGAGAAAAGUCCCAUGAAUGUGACAAAAGCAACAAAGUCUUCCCCCAGAAACCCCAGGUUGAUGUACAUCCGAGUGUUUAUACAGGAGAAAAACCCUAUCUGUGUACUCAAUGUGGGAAAGUCUUUACCCUCAAAUCAAACCUCAUUACACAUCAAAAAAUUCAUACUGGGCAGAAACCCUACAAAUGCAGUGAAUGUGGAAAAGCCUUUUUCCAGAGAUCAGACCUCUUUAGACAUCUGAGAAUUCAUACAGGAGAAAAACCUUAUGAAUGCAGUGAAUGUGGAAAAGGCUUCUCCCAGAACUCAGACCUCAGUAUACAUCAGAAAACUCAUACUGGAGAGAAACACUAUGAAUGCAAUGAAUGUGGGAAGGCUUUCACAAGAAAAUCAGCACUCAGGAUGCAUCAGAGAAUCCACACAGGAGAGAAACCUUAUGUAUGCGCUGACUGUGGGAAGGCCUUCAUCCAGAAAUCACAUUUCAACACACAUCAGAGAAUUCAUACUGGAGAAAAACCGUAUGAAUGCAGUGACUGCGGGAAAUCCUUCACUAAGAAGUCACAACUCCAUGUGCAUCAAAGAAUUCACACCGGAGAGAAACCCUAUAUAUGUACGGAAUGUGGAAAGGUCUUCACUCACAGGACAAACCUCACCACACAUCAGAAAACUCAUACUGGGGAAAAACCCUAUAUGUGUGCUGAAUGUGGAAAGGCUUUUACUGACCAGUCAAAUCUCAUUAAACACCAGAAAACUCACACUGGAGAGAAACCCUAUAAGUGCAACGGCUGUGGAAAAGCCUUCAUAUGGAAGUCACGCCUCAAAAUACAUCAGAAAUCUCAUAUUGGAGAGAGACACUAUGAAUGCAAGGACUGCGGGAAAGCCUUCAUCCAGAAAUCAACACUAAGCGUGCAUCAGAGAAUCCAUACAGGAGAGAAACCCUACGUUUGUCCUGAAUGCGGGAAGGCUUUUAUCCAGAAAUCGCACUUCAUUGCGCAUCAUAGAAUCCAUACUGGAGAGAAGCCUUAUGAAUGCAGCGACUGUGGGAAAUGCUUCACUAAGAAGUCACAACUCCGUGUGCAUCAGAAAAUCCACACAGGUGAAAAGCCCAAUAUAUGUGCUGAAUGUGGAAAGGCCUUCACUGACCGAUCAAACCUCAUAACGCAUCAGAAAAUCCACGCUAGGGAGAAACCCUAUGAAUGCAGUGACUGCGGGAAAACCUUCACCUGGAAGUCACGCCUCAAUAUACAUCAGAAGUCUCAUACUGGAGAAAGACACUAUGAAUGUAGUAAAUGUGGGAAAGCUUUCAUCCAGAAAGCCACACUAAGUAUGCAUCAGAUAAUUCAUACAGGAAAGAAACCUUAUGCUUGUACAGAAUGUCAGAAGGCCUUUACUGACAGAUCGAAUCUCAUUAAACACCAGAAAACACAUAGUGGAGAAAAACGCUAUAAAGCCAGUGACUGAGAAAGUCUUCACCUGGAAAUCACAACUGGGUAUGCAUCAGGUAUCUAAUAGUAGGGAGGAGGAAGGCCUGUUGCUGCAAUCGUUGUGCAGGGGGAAAUGGAUAUGAGAGACUGAGGCUUGAGUGAGCUGAAGGCAAACAGAGCCAAGUAUCCUUCAGUCCACUGGAAAGACAAGUUCCUGCAUCACCACAGUGUAUAUGCAAUUCUAUGCAUGGGAAGAGCCUUUAGAGAAAGCAUUUGAGUGAAAGUCAUGUUUGGUGACAUGAUUCAUACAGACCUCUUGAGCUCCUGGAAAUAGUAGAAUUAAGACCUGAGGAGAUGACUUGUCAUCUCUUAUGCUUCACUUUUUGGAUAAAUAACUUUUUAAAUUCAGUACUGAUUAGUUCAGCGUAUCCUGGGACAUAAAAGUACUCACUACUGGGAAAAACUUUUUCAAAUUUCUAGGUUGAGGAGAAGAGUUUUCAUUGUCCAAACACUGGCAGGGCACUGACAUCAAGGCAGAAAACCUACUUGGGAAUGCAGAUAUCUGUUUUUGUGAUCAUUGGCACUUAAGACACAGAAAAGAUUUCCCAUGAAAAACUGUUUUUUCUCUUCCCUUGGGAAGUCCUCAUGGUAUAUAUAUUUUAAGUGCAACAGAAUUUUUAAAUUUAAAGGUAUAACUUUAUGAAUUGAGAAAUUAGGCCUAGCUCUAGCCUAUGUUACAGAAAUAUAGUCAUUGAAUGAUACAGACAUAUAAAGGUAGUAGUUGUCUCAUUAUUAAUUCCCUGCUGGGAGAGCAGGUGAGUCAUACCGUAUAAGAGGUAUGCAUGCCUUCUAACCUAUGUCCCCAAAGCUGUCAUUUGCAUAAGCUGCAGGCCAUAGAUUCCUGAUCCCCUCAGUAACUGACCCUACGACAAUGGAACUGAUCCACAGCACUCUAGAUUUUCAGGCUAAACCACCAACACCCCUGCUUUCCUUGGGAUUCCUGUUUGAAAAAGAAUGGUUGAAAAAUUGAGUUUCACUUCCUAAUAUUUUGUUUUUCUUCCUAUUUGGUUAAGGUAUAUUCAUUUCCUACAUGCACAUUAAGGGUGGUUUUGUGUAGACUGCUAUGGGAUAAAGUCAUGUUGCAUUGCAAUUAGUUAUUCUAAGACAUAAUUACAGUUUAUCAUAGUUGAAUAACUGGAAGACUUCUCAAGAAAGAGCACUGCUCUUUUUUAACACUGAUAUAUACACACGUUCUCAUUUUCUCUUAAACAUUUUUUACAAUACUCAUAAAAAGGAACUUUGUAGCAUGUAAUUGUAUUUUAUUUUAUUUUAAAAUCUUUUUAUUAAACUAUAAUGUAUACAGAAAAUGCAUAUAUCAUAAACAUACAGCUCAGUGCAUUCUCAAAAACUGAACAUACUCAGAUCAAGAAACGGAAUGUGACCAGCACCCCAGAAGCCUUCCCCACUUUCCCUUCCAGGCAAGUGCCCAAGGGUAUACACUAUCCUGGCUUCUCACAGCAUAGAUUCAUUUUGCCUGUUUUGUAUUUUAUAUAAAUUGAGUCAAUUAUGUAUCAUAUAAUUGAGCAGUAUACUCUUUAGCAUCUGUCUUCUGUCAUUCACAUUAUGUAUGUGAGAGUCAUCCAUAUGUUGCAUAUAGUUGUAGAUAAUUCAUUCUCAUUGUCAUGUUGUAUCCCAUUCUGUGAAUAUGCUGCAAUAUAAUUUAUCCAUUCUACUGUUUGUAGACAUUUGGGUUGUUUGCAGCUUAGGCUAUUAGGAAUUGUGCUGCUGUGUAUUGGUGAACAUAUGUAUGUAUUCCUGUUAGGUAUGUACCUAAGUGUAUCCAUAUGUUCAGCUAUAUGUUAUAAAACCAGUUUUCAGGUGGUUGUACCAAUGUACACUCCCGCCAACCCAGUAUGCGAGUUCUAGUGCUCCACAUACUUGCCACCAUUUGGCAUUUUCCAUAUUUUUUACUAUAGCCAUUAGUGGUGGGCAUAUAGUGAUAUGUCAGUUUUAGUUUUCGUUUUUAUUUUCUUGUCCUCCAAACCAUUGUAGUAUCUCCCCAGGAUAGAUGAGUGAUGGCUGAGACCUGAGACUAGGCCUGUUCCUCACAUGACUGCACCAUUUUACAUUCUAUCAAUGUAUGAGGGUUCCAGUUUCUCCACAUCCUUACCAACUCUUAUUAUUAUCAGUCUUUUUUAUUAUAGCUAUCCUAGUACAUGUGAAGUGAUAUUGUGAUAUUAAUUUACAUUGCCCUAAUGAUUAAUAAUAUUGAUCAUCUUUUAUUGAGAAUCUUUGAUGAAGUGUCUGUUUAAAUCUUUCGCCCAUUAUCAAUUGGGUUUGUUUUUUUUUAUUGUUAAGCACUGAGAGUUUUUAAAAAUAUAUUCUGGGUGGAACUUCACUAUCAGUCCAUUAUCCUUGCAAAGGUUUUCUCCCAGUCUCUGGAUUGUCUUUUCAUUCUCUUAAGAGUGUCUUUUGAAGAACAGAACUGCUUAUUUUGAUGAAGUCCAUUCUUUCCAUUUGUUCACUUCUGGGUUGUGCUUUGAGUGCUGUAUCUAAGAAAUCCUUGCCUAACCAAAGAUUACAA